AUGACCUGCAGCAUAUGUAAAUCAAAGACCCACAAUAAAAGAACAUGUCCUAAUAAGGACACUACUACCAGUGCACCUCCACAACCUCCAUUAAAGAGAUGCAAGUCAACAGUUGCAUCAUCUAGAGGACCACAAAUUGAUAACUUGACACCCACUGCAGAACCAAGUAGAACUGGAAAGAAUGGAAGAGUUAUCAAGAGGGGUGGCUCUGGUGUUGGCAGGGGUGGGUCUGGUGUUGGCAGGGGUGGCUCUGGUGUUGGCAGGGGUGGCUCUAGUGUUGGCAGGGGUGGGUCUGGUGUUGGCAGGGGUGGAAGAAGAGCUGGAAGGGGUGGAAGAGGGAAAAAUAUGCCAAAAGGAGUUGGUGUUUUAAUUGGUGAAGAUGGAUCAACAAUGAUCAAUGCUCCUGGACAGAUUGGAGGUCCAAGGUUGGUGUCUCAACCUUCUGUUACAACAACAUCAGGCUGUCCAUUAGGUAGUCAAGCAUCAACCAGCCAUUCAUGA